AUGAAGAACGCGCCGCUGCGUCGAACGGGCGAGUCGGGCUGGAACUCGGAGCGCAGCAAAAACAUGAGCGCGGUUGUCGUGAAACCCCUCCCGGCCCCCGCCGCGCUCGUCCGAUCGACGCCGGAGCCUCUCGGUCCAACUGCCUCGCCGGCGGGGGGUCGUGAGUCGCCUCGUCGGACUCCUUCGUCGCUACUACUGAGAAUGCGCUACAUCGCUCACAUUUCUUUCCACUCGUAUUAUUACUCCGCUCUCGACUUCGUGCAUUUACCGAGUUACGUGUUCAGCGGGCAUCUCUCAUAA